AUGAGUACAAUUGAAAAAAUUCAAGAGGAUUUAAAGAAUGAUGCAAAAAUUCGUGAAUGUUGGAUUAAGAAUGUUUGCGAUCACGAUAAAUACGCCAAAUUUAAAACUAAAGAAAUUUAUGAUUUCAUUAUCGUGGGAGCUGGUACUGCUGGAUGCGUGCUUGCUAGAGAAUUGAUUCAUUGUAUUCCAAAUAUUAACGUUCUAGUACUGGAAGCUGGAGGUCCUGAUACUUAUUCUAAUGGUCUAAUUAACUUGCCUUGUGCUGCUUUUCAGGUUUUCCAAAUGAGUGAACAUAACUGGGGAUAUGUUACUCAGGAACAAAAGAUAAAAAGUUCUGUAAACCCUACUAAAGAAAUAUUAAAAAAUGGAUUCCCUUAUUUACGCGGAAAGGCAAAAGGGUAUGAUAAUUGGGCAGCCCAAGGUCCUGAAUACAAAAUUUGGGAUUGGGACCAUUGUCUAGAAGCAUUUAAAGCGAUAGAAAAUAAUUCAAGAAAGAAUCCUGAUGAAACUUUUAAAAAGUUCCAUGGAUUUAAUGGUUUACUUCAUGUGCAAGAUAACCAAAAUGGAAUUUACGAUGUUAUGUCAGGUUUAAUUGAAGCUGCAAAAAACCUUGGUAUUCCUUAUAAUGACGAUUUUAAUGGUGAAAGACAGAAUGGUGUUGGAACAUUUCAGUUUACAAUCAAGGAUGGAAAAAGAUGUUCUUUGGCUAAUAGUUAUUUAAAAGAUGCAUUAGAAAAAGUCGAAUUAUAUUCAGGUGAUGGUUUCAGAAAGGUUGUGUCAGUAGAUGUUAGGUCAUUUGCUCACGUACUAAAUAUUAUUUGGGAUGAGGAGAAUAAAGAAGAAAAUAUUGCGAUUGGUGUGAGAUAUUUUUGUAAUGGUGUUGUACGUGAGGCUUUCAUUGCUCCGAAAGGAGAAGUCAUUCUUUGUGGUGGUGCUCUUAAUAGUCCUCAGAUCUUAAUGCUUUCUGGCAUUGGACCGAAAGAAAAUCUUGAAUCAAAUAAUAUAAAAGUCCGUAAAGAACUACCAGUUGGAAGAAAUUUAUUAGAUCAUCCAGGCGGUACUAUCGUUGCUAAAUCGACUCCAAGUGCAGUCAAUCAUUGGAGUAAUGGAGCUGAAGUUGGAAUCAUUCAUAAAGCUAACGUCGAAGGGAAGAUUCCUUGUAAAGAUGACUUCUUUGACGAGAAUCCUGAUAUUGAAAUUAUGGUAUCCCCAAUCCAAAUUAGUUUAAUGGAUCCCUCGGCAAAACCUGAUGACAAUCAAAAUAAACUUGACGGGAUUGUUCUAAUCUCUACUCUUAAUAUUCCAUCAAGCGUUGGUUAUCUAGAACUUAACAGUAGUAAUCCAUUUGAUCAACCAAAGAUAUGUUUAAACUAUUUUGAAAAGUCAGAUGAUUUAUAUAGAAUAAUUAGUUCACUUAAAUUAUGUCGUGAAAUACUUGAACAACCUCCACUAAGCACUGUUUACAAUGUUAAAGAACUUGGAAAUAAUGAUGAUAUGAGUGAUGAGGAUUGGGAAAGGUCAACAUCGCUCCAUGCAAGUGGAACAGUAAAAAUGGCACCAGAAUCUAAAGAUGGAGUAGUUAAUCAUCGACUUCAAGUUUAUGGUACGAAAAAUCUUCGGGUUGUUGAUGCCUCGAUAUUUCCAUAUAUUCCAAGCGGAAACCCAAAUGCACCUAUAGCCAUGGUUGCUUGGAGAGCGAGUCGUUUAAUUGCUGAAGAUUAUAUGAAAAUGUGCUAG